AUGCCCCCAACCGAUAUCAUCAGCGGCGACGAUUUCCGGCAGAUUUUCUCGGAUGCGCUGACGUCCUUCUCGCCUCUCGCGACCCUCGUUGGCGCGGACUCCGCCAGAGCCUUCGCGCACGAGGUCACGAACAAAAAGCAGACCGUGUUCGCAACCCUCGCGCCAAUCGGGGCGCUGGGCAUGAUGGCCACCGUCUGCAAGGCGUCCGACCUCCCUGGCGUCAAGGAUCUGCUGGGUGCUGGGGACACAGACAUCCUCGACGCGGCCGCAGACGUCGGGUGCUACGUGCUCUAUGGGCUGGUUCCCAGAAUGUCAAAACGCGGCGGCAUUACCUGCAAGGGGCGCGAGGUGAACCGCGGCGUCGCAGCCUGCGCACUGGUUACUCUCGAUUGGAACUUGGGAGAGAAGAAGAUCGACUUCGAGCCCAUGCGCGCCUUCCUGCGGGAAUUCAGCGCAGCCACGGUCACCGGGCGCAUUGAAUGGGAAUGCGACAAUCUCAACGACCUACUCGCGAAGCUCAAGGAUGUGCGCGACAGAAUCUCUCAGUCUCUCGAGAAGGGGCCUUUCGACUCGGAUAGCCAUAUGGCGGUCUACGAGGAAUUGGAGAACGUACAAGGCGGACGUGGCUACGUGGAACUUCACUGGCCAAGUCCAUCCUUACCAUUGGAGACGCGACCGUACAUUCUAUACAUAUCCAUCGGCGGGUUCCUCCUUAUUUUCCUCGUCAUCGCCGUCUUCACAGCAUCACCGCUCCUCGAUUGGCAGUCUCCUCAGGCGUCCGCUCUCCUCUUUGGAGGGCAACUCGUUCUGGGUCUUGCACAGACGCUGACGCACGUCAUAAUCAAGCGACUGCGUACGGUGAAAUCUGUGAAGAUACCUGCGGCGGGAGUUGUACCCGAUUGGCAGCUCGUGGACAGCACCUGGUUCAUCAACAGUUUGGCACGGCGCUCGCUGGGGCCAUCAAGACGCGGCGAUCACUUCCAACUUGGGCAGCACUACCGAUUUUCGCGCCUCUUGAUCACUCGAUGGGAAGCUCUCUUGACCCUCUUCCUUCUCAUCAUCGGCUUCCUGGCAUUUUACAUCGGCGCGAAGUCGAGCGAUGUCAGGACGGUCAUCAUCUUCAUCUUCCUAUAUGUCAUCGCCAACGGGAGCAAGGGGUACAUCAUUCACUUGGCCAACGUCUGCUACUACACGCCGCUCAACAACUUCGGGUGGCACAUCAUGACUCCGCCCCAGGACGAGAAAUCGCAGCAAGGGCCCUGGUGGAGGUUCUGGAAGAGGUCGAGCGCGCGCAGUGACAACCGGUCUGCCGCAUCCGACGGCGAGCACUCGGGAUCUCCGCAAGAAGAGGAAGCUCUCGUCGACGUCCCGCCGCCAGAGCUUUCUGAAAAGGGCAUGGGUCCAGCAAUUCCUCUGCCAGAGCUGAAGACCGACGGCAUAUCCACUCAUGACCGCGAAGUCACCGCGCCGCCAACAACUCCCGGCAGUAUACAUCACCAGCCCUUCUGGGAUAUGCCAAAAGACGCCCUCAACCCGAUGCUCAUCCCCCUGCCGCCAUCGCACGACGGCACUCCGACGCCUAGCCAACGAGCAAGCGUCGUCUCGUCGAUGCAGUCGAGAGCUUCGUCGAGUAGAACGCGCCAUCGUGCUGGCACGCGGUCCUCGAGACAUACGUCGUACACGUCCCUGAGGUCUGUUGGUGACCGCAUGUAUGGUGCAACCCUUCACGUCGACACCUCCAAUCACAGGCUAUCUGCAAUUCCAUCUUCACGAUCCGCAUCGCACAAGUCGACCCUAACAAGCGGUUCCAUCAUCGUCACCGAAGAGGAAGACCUCGUUGCGGAAAUCUACCCCGAUCGUAUACCUCUCCCUGCGUCGCGGCCUGGCUCAAUAGCAGGACUCUCAGAUGGCGCCAGACCUACAUCACCGGUGUUCGCUGAACCCAUACCCGGUAUUGCCUUCGACGUCGAAUAUCGCCUCUACGCGAAGGUAGCCGUCCGCAACAUGGAGGCCAUCGGCAUGUUCUACUUCUCUCGCACAGAGGAGUGGGCCAUGGCUGCGCACGUCAUCCAUACUGUUGUCCGCCGAUAUCUGGGCGACAUGGGAUGGCAACAUCCUGUGGGGAAAGAGCCUGUGUGUGAGAUGGACUUCGAGGUCAUGCGAUCUGCCGAAGAACGUCAGCCAAAAGUUGUCCAUGCCCUCCUCUUGAUCCUUGUGGAUGCUUUGAGGCAUGAAGACUUGUUCUGGUAUACAGGGCAGGAAAUAUGCGCCAUCAUCAUGGAGUGCUUUACCGACGCUCGGCAUAUCCCUUCCGAGCAUCCCAUGGCAACGGAGACCUGGGUGAUCUGUGAAUGGGUUUACAUCUUGACAAGGUUCCUCUUGACCGCCCAGGGUAUGUACGGCUCCCGGAGCUUGAUGCGGUCUAUCGACUUGGUCAUGGCAAAGCGGCCAUACGAUGAUAGCGUUGUCUUGAAUCCGAUGCUGUGGGAGUCAUCCGAAAGGGCUGCCGACGACUUGCGAAUGGCUUUCAACCCGGAGUUCACCGCUGCUCCUCCGGAAGCGGGUCCGCCAGCGCCAGAUAUCAUUGACGACGCUGUCGCCUCGCCUUCGUUCCCUGCGGAGCAAUCACCGCCACCUAUAACACCGUCUGUAGUAGUCUCUCAUGACCACGAUUGA